GCGGGGGCUUACUUUUUGCAACAGGUGGUUUGGGCCUUUUCCUUGGAAGCUUGUAGUAGGAGGAACUAGACUUGCCUUGUCCGGCUCCUGCCCCUGAGUUGGGGUUGGGGUGGGGAGGUGUGGUGUGGUGGGGUCUUAUCUACCUCGGUUCCCAGCCCAAAUCCCCAAACUCCCACCAUCUCCUCUGCCUUUGCUCCCAAGGCUCAGGAGGGGGCUGCUGCCUUUGAUAAGAGCCCUUCUCUUUAUUCCUUGGAGAGAGCCUGGGGGCCCUCCUUCCUUGGGGACCUUGUUGGGGAGCUGGGUGAACCUGGUCUGUGAAGAGUUAAAAGGUGGUCUUUGUGUACCUCUUGGUACCUUUGGGUUGCGAGUGGGAGGGAACUCAGACACUGGGGGUAGGUGGCUCUCAGGGAGCUGCUAGGGGUGCAUCAGGGUGAGGCCUAGAAGGGAAGAAGGAGGAGAGAGGAUGGGAACCUAUAAGAACCCAGGACCCGAAUUCCCAGCCUAGCCAACCCUUGCAGCCACGUCUGCCCUCAAGAGGAAGAGAGGCUCCUUGAGGCCAGCAGGGUUGGGAGAGUUGGGGUGGCCGGAGGCUCUUUUCUACUAGAGCCUUUGGUCCCCCUGCCUCCACCACCCAUCCCUGCUCUGUAGAGCCCCUGGGUGCUAAGUGGCAGGAGCCCUGGGGUGCCCCUCUGGGUAUGGCUGGCUGGGUCACUAACCUCUGUGAUCUGCUUCCUUCCCCUCUAGAUCAUGCGGAUCAAACCUCACCAAGGCCAACACAUAGGAGAGAUGAGCUUCCUACAGCACAGCAAGUGUGAAUGCAGACCAAAGAAAGAUAAAGCAAGGCAAGAAAAAAAAUCAGUUCCAGGAAAGGGAAAGGGGCAAAAACGAAAGCGCAAGAAAUCCCGGUAUAAGCCCUGGAGCGUUCCCUGUGGGCCUUGCUCAGAGAGGAGAAAACAUUUGUUUGUACAAGAUCCGCAGACGUGUAAAUGUUCCUGCAAAAACACAGACUCGCGUUGCAAGGCGAGGCAGCUUGAGUUAAACGAACGUACUUGCAGAUGUGACAAGCCAAGGCGGUGAGCCAGGCUGGAGGAAGGAACCUGCCUCAGAGUUUCGGGAACCCGACCUCUCACCAACAAAGACUGAUACAGAAUGACUGAGACUAACCACGCCGCCACCACACCGUCGCCAUCAACAGAAGUCCUUUAUCCAGAAACCUGAAAUGAAGGAAGAGGGGACUCUGCGCAGAGCACUUUGGGUCCGGAGGGUGAGACUCCGGCAGAAGCAUUCCCGGGCGGGUGACCAAGCACGGUCCCACUUGGAAUUGGAUUUGUCAUUUUAUUUUUCUUGCUGCUAAAUCACCGAGCCCGGAAGAUUAGAGAGUUUUAUUUCUGGGAUUCCUGUAGACACACCCACCCACAUACAUACAUUUAUAUAUAUAUAUAUAUAUAUAUAUAUAUAUUAUAUAUAUAUGAAAAUAAAUAUAUAUAUUUUAUAUAUAUAAAAUAUAUAUAUUCUGUUUUUAAAUUAACUUUGCUAAUGUUAUUGGUGUCUUCACUGGAUGUAUUUGACUGCUGUGGACUUCAGUUGGGAGGAGAAUGUCCCUACCCAGAUGCCGACAGGGAAGAGGAUGGGACAAGAGACUCUGGCAUGUUGUUUUUUUUUUUUUUUGGGGGGGGUCCCUCUUAGGGAAGCCAGGGUCCUCUCCUUUGCCCAGGAUCUUGCAAGGCCAGGGUGUGGGGGCAAAUUUGGCUCAUUUCUGGGGACACCGACAAACCCAGCCCUGGCCCCAAGCCUCUACCUUGAGUCAAACCAACAGAAAACCUAAAGACAGGUACAGGGACAAGGACACUGGUUCUGACCAGGAGUUUGGGGAGCCUCAGGACUGGGUGUGCUUUGUGGCUCCCCAUCAAUGCUGCAAGGGCAUUCUGUCCCCCGGGGGGCACUGCCUGAAGAUGCAGGAGCCGGGGCAGUCUUCACCUACUCUCACCUGCUUCUGAGUCACCCAGGAGGCCACCAAGAGGUGUCCUCAAGAAGAGACAUUGGUGGAAGAAGCGGCCGGUGAUGGCUCCUCCUCCUGGGAUUCCCCUUCUCCUCUCCUCACCCCACAUCCCGGGGUGCAGCCGAGGACCUCAGGUCCUCAGACCAUUGAAACCACUAGUUCUGUCCCCAGGAGACCUGGCUGUGUGUGUGUGUGUGUGUGUGUGUGUGUGUGUGUGUGUGUGAGUGGUUAAUCUUUCCCCUGUCCCCUGACCUGUCCCUUCCUGAGGCUAAGAGAGACCAGGCAGGAUCCACAUGCCCACCACUGAGGCAGAGAAAGAGAAAGUCUUUUAUAUACGGUACUUAUUUAAUAUCCCUUUUUAAUUAGAAAUUAAAACAGUUAAUUUAAUUAAAAGAGUAGGGUUUUUUUUUCAGUAUUCUUGGAUAAUAUUUAAUUUCAACUAUUUAUGAGAUGUAUCUCUUGCUCUUUCUCUCGCUCUUUUUGUAUUGGUUUUUGUGUGUAAAAUCCAUGUUUCCAAUCUCUCUCCCUGAUCGGUGACAGUCACUAGCUUGUCCUGAACAGAUAUUUAAUUUUGCUAACACAGUCCUGCCCUCCCCUGUGCCCUAGUUCCCUACCACACAUUCCUUUGAAAUAAGGUUUCAAUAUACAUUUACAUACUAUAUAUAUAUUUGGCAACUUGUGUUUGUGUGUAUAUAUAUAUAUAUAUAUAUAUAUAUAUAUGUUUAUGUAUAUAUGUGAUUCUGAUAAAAUAGACAUUGCUAUUCUGUUUUUUAUAUGUAAAAACAAAACAAGAAAAAAUAGAGAAUUCUACAUACUAAAUCUCUCUCCUUUUUUAAUUUUAAUAUUUGUUAUCAUUUAUUUAUUGGUGCUACUGUUUAUCCGUAAUAAUUGUGGGGGAAAAAGAUAUUAACAUCACGUCUUUGUCUCUAGUGCAGUUUUUCGAGAUAUUCCGUAGUACAUAUUUAUUUUUAAACAACAACAAAGAAAUACAGAUAUAUCUUAAAAAAAAAAGCAUUUUGUAUUAAAGAAUUUAAUUCUGAU